AUGCUGGUCAUUGGUAUUUGGAGUUCUUACAACGUGGCACACACUGAUAACAAAGAACAGUCUGAACUUGACCAAGAUUUGGAUGAUGUCAAAAAAGUAGAAGAACAAGAAACUGGUGAAGAAACACAAUUCAAAGCACGUCAGCUGACUGUUCUGAUGAUGCAAAUUUCUCAGAUUCUUGCAGCCUUCCAGGAAACACUAGAUGGUCUGGUAGACACACGAACCACUGAAACUUUGCCUAAGGUAGUUAAAGGGCAAGUGAAUGCUCUCAAAAACCUUUAAGUUAAAUGUCCACAGACAGAAGCCAAGUUCUAUGAGGAAGAAGUCCAUGAUCUUAAAAGAAAGUGUGCUGUUGUCUAUCAGUCUUUAUUUGAUAAGCAAUUUCAGAUCAUUAAUAUAAUUUAUGAACCUACAGAAGAAGAAUGUGAAUGGAAACCAGAUGAGGAAGAUGAAAUUUCAGAGAGACUGAAAGAAAAGGCCAAGACUGAAGAUGAGAAAAAAAUUAAGAAAAACAAGACCCCAAGGGAAUUCUCGAAUUUUUGGUUGAUUGUUUUUAAGAGUUUUGACUUGAUCAGUGAUAUGGUUCAGGAACAUGGUAAGCCUAUUCUGAAGCACUUGAAAGAUAUUAAAGUGAAGUUCUCAGAUGCUGGCCAACCUAUGAGUUUUGUUUUAGAAUCUCAUUUUGAAUUCAAUGAAUAUUUCCCAAAUGAAGUGUUGAUAAACACAUAUAAGGUGAGGUCAGAACCACAUGAUUCUGAUCCCUUUCCUUUUAAUGGACCAGAAUUUAUGGGUUGUACAGGGUGCCAGAUAGACUGGAAAAAAGGUAAGAAUGUCACUUUGAAAACCACUAAAAAGAAGCAGAAACACAAGAGACAUAGGACAGUUCAUACUGUAACCAAAACAGUUUCAAUGAUUUAUCAGGCUUUGCAGGAUAACCUGCACUGGUCUACUUUCUGCUUCCCUGGAAAGGAUGUAUUUUUAUCAUCUGACAAGUUCAAUGCUAGCAAAAGAAUUAUAGAUCAAUCAAAAGAACUGAGGUGUGUUCGCAGCCACUGCUGCUCUGUACUAGCAGCAGAGCCUCCAGCUCAUGGAGCUCUAGCUGCAGCCCUGUUCCAGCCAAAGGAGAAGGCGAGCAAGUCAAGAGAUCUCUACAUCAUGGCUCCUACAAAGCAGAAUGCCCACAAACUGACCAGUGGUAAAGCACCCAGCAAGCAACUGGCUACCAAAGCUGCUUGCAAGAGUAUGCCCUCUGUGGAGGGGUGA